CCUGCAAUAGCUGGAUCUUUCCAAUUCCCAGUAACGGACAGUUCGCCAUUGCCAAAAAGAGAUUGUUAACGACGUGCUCACAGCGCAGUGGCCUAGUCCUUUGUUCGCAUCACAUACAACACGAGUUGCAGCAAAGAAUCACUUCAAAGCGCUCAAAAAAACCUUUGUCCCAACAUGAGAGUAGCUCAUUUUCCUUUCGCGGAUGGUCUUUUGUUGGUACUUGGCGUGCUGUGGUGUACCGAUGGCGCCUUGGCGUUCACCGCGGCUCCAUUGCACACUCAGUCGCACUUGGAUUCAAAGAAUGGCGUCUUCGGGAACGGAAAACUGACUGACAAUCGCUUUUUCGGCAAGGCCGAUACAGUUAGGCCCAUUAGCACUCCGCGCGGUUCGGCUGUGGGAAACUUGAAGGCUUCCCCGUUGGUCGCACUGCUCUCGUCACCACUAGGUUCCGUUGGAGUGCUCGCCAGUAUCGUCUUGGUGCACGAAAUGGGACAUUAUCUGGCGGCUCGAAGUUUUGGUAUUUCCGUGGAAGAAUUUAGCAUCGGAUUUGGCCCCAAGCUGUUGGGCUUUCGAGCCUUUGGGGACGAAUUCAAUUUACGAGCGUUACCCCUGGGAGGCUACGUCCGAUUUCCCGAAAAUUACAACGCGACACGAGUCCGCGAAAUGGAAGAAGCGGCAUACUUAGCCGCAAAGGAGAAUGGUGCGUUGGAAAAACCCGACGCUGCAUCGGAAAUACUGAACAUGGUAACCUUUGGAGCCGUCGAAGCUCGGCAGCAAAGGGAAAAGGAGCAACAACUAUUACAACAAGUGGAAGAAUUUAACAACUUGCCGUUUUGGAAAAAAAUGGUCAAGACACCUCCGCAAAAGUCGCUUGAUCGCGGAAACGUUGAGAUUGAGUAUUAUGAUGAUCCUAAGCUUUUACAGAAUCGGCCGUGGCAAGAACGAGCUGUAGUCCUUAGCGGAGGAGUGGUAUUUAAUUUGCUCUUGAGUUUCUCGAUCUACUUCGGCCAAAUCAGCGUCGGGCCGGGACUUCCCCAACCUGUCUUUGAUCGUGGAAUCGUCAUCAACGCGGCACCAACUUCCAACGCAGCGGCGAGCGGUUUGCUUCGAAAAGGCGAUAUCGUGUACGAGAUCAACGGCUCGCCAGUUUCUGUUUCGUCAUCGCCGUCACCGUAUGAGGCACAGAAAUCUAUCAACGAAUUUAUUGCCAAAAUUCGAACGGCACCUGAAGGACAGCCAAUAAAACUCGUUGUGAGGCAUCCGAACGAAAAAGAACUGGUUAAUGUUGACGUCGUUCCCAAAAAGUUGGACGCUGCUGGACCUCAAACCAUUGGAGUUUUGCUCGCACCAAACUACAUCAAAUCAGAAGUGUUACGUACCGACAACGUCGGGGAAGCUGCUUCGUUAGCAUACAAGUACGCUUAUUCAUUGACGAGCCAAACGGCUGCGGGUCUGGGGUCCUUAUUUGGGGAUUUGUUUUCCGGAAAAGCGGGCUCCUCCAGCAACCAAGUCUCGGGCCCUAUUGGCUUGAUACGUACAGGUUCCGAAGUCGUCGCGACUCAAGAUCUGACUACCGUCUUAUUGUUUGCCGCGGCCAUCAGCAUCAAUUUGGGUGUUGUAAAUGCCCUCCCUUUGCCUGCGCUGGAUGGCGGACAGCUUCUCUUCGUCAUUGCUGAAGCACUUACCGGACGUAAAGUCAAUCAACGAUUACAGGAAGGAAUUACUGGAGCGGCAGUUUUGCUGCUACUGCUUCUGAGCGUGGGUGCGGCCGUCGGCGAUGUUUCCUCUAUUCUUGGACGGUAG